AUGUCGAUCUCCGGGGCCGGAACUACACUGUUAGACGGUAAAGUAGAUUGCUUUGUCGAUUUCCAAGGCAAGCCAUCCAUCAGAUCCUCCUCUGGUGGAUGGAGAUCCUCUGGCUUCAUCAUUGGUGCCGAAGUGGCGGAGAAAUUCGCCUACUUGGGGAUAGCAUCGAAUCUGAUAACUUACUUGACGGGGCCGUUAAAGGAGUCAACGGCGGCUGCAGCAUCAAACGUGAACCUCUGGCUCGGAACGGCAGCGUUUUUGCCUCUGAUAUGGGGUUCUAUCGCCGACUCAUUUCUCGGCCGUUUCCGUACCAUCCUCUUAACCUCUUCUCUCUAUAUCUUGGGACUCGGGUUGCUUACGUUUUCAGCGACGAUUCCUUCUCUUUGUAAAGAUCAAGAAACACUUGUUGACUCGUGUGUUUCUCGGCACAAAGUAACCAUCUUUUUCUGUGCUCUCUAUCUAAUAGCGUUAGGCGAAGGAGGUUUCAAGGUAUGUCUUAGAGCUUUUGGAGCAGAUCAGUUUGAUGAACAAAACCCUAAAGAAUCCAUAGCCAAGAGCGUUUACUUUAACUGGUCGUAUUUUGCAAGAUCAACUGGCAUAUUAGCCACUCGACUGAUCUCGAAUUAUGUCCAAGAGAAUCUGAGUUGGGCUUUAGGAUUUGGGAUUCCAUGUCUUUCAAUGAUGCUUGCUCUGUUUUUGUUUUUACUUGGAACCAACACUUACCGCUUCAGCACCGGAGGAGAAGGAAGACAAGGUAGAAUGCAUAAUAACCCUUUUGUAAGAAUUGGCCGUGUUUUCGUCGCUGCUGCGAAAAACCCGCGACAAACUCCUUCUGACACCUCUCUUCUUCUGCCUAACGAAACUUCGAAGAAAUUCAGAUUCUUAGACAGAGCGGCGAUUUCGUGUGAUUUAGCUGAAGUUGAGGAAACAAAAGCUGUGUUGAGUCUCAUUCCAAUCUGGAUGUGUUGUCUAGUGUUUGGCAUUGUGUAUGCACAAUCUCCUACUUUCUUCACAAAGCAAGGAUCCACAAUGGACAGAUCAAUCACAUCAACACUCUUAGUCCCUGCAGCAACACUCCAAUGUUUCAUAAAUCUAUCAAUCCUCGUCUUCAUCCCAAUAUACGACCGUUUAUUCGUCCCAAUCGCAAGAUCAAUCACUCAUAAACCAGCGGGAAUCACAACGCUUCAGAGAAUUUCCACCGGCAUUUUCCUCUCAAUUCCUUCAUUGGGAAUAGCUGCUUUGGUCGAGAUGAAAAGACUCAAGACCGCUCGAGACCAUGGGCUAGUUGACUCGCCUAAAGCCACAGUUCCAAUGAGUAUUUGUUGGCUGAUUCCACAGUAUGUUCUCUAUGGAGUCUCUGACGUUUUCACUAUGGUUGGUUUACAAGAAUUCUUUUACGGACAAGUCCCGGUCGAGCUAAGAAGCUUAGGACUUUCUUUGUACCUUAGCGUAGUCGGCAUAGGCAACUUCUUGAGUAGCUUCAUGGUAUCCAUUAUCGAGAAAGCCACGAGUCAGUCUGGUCAAGUGAGUUGGUUUGCUAAUAACCUGAACCAGGCACAUCUUGAUUACUUCUAUUGGCUACUUGCUUGUCUCAGCUCGGUGGCCUUCGUCUCCUUUGUCUAUUUCGCCAAGUCGUAUGUGUACAACAGCCCAAAGUAA